GCAGGGAGCCAGAAGGGAGCAUGGUCCGGAUCCUGCAGCAGCCUCAGCACUGUGCCCUGCCUAGACCGCGAGCCUGCUCCCGCUGCCCCGGGCACUCCGCCUGGCACCACCCUUCCUGGCACUGGCUGGGCAUCCACUAGGAGCCUCCCCGGCAGCGCGCACGAAGUCCGGACACUGCAGCCCGGUCCGUGCACUGGAGGGAGCGGAGGACAAGGACAGGAGCUGCCCGCACCGCGCAGUGACCAGAAGAUCUCCUCGUUAGUACAUUGGGAUCACAGCAGUAAGGACAUACAGACAAGCUCUCCAUCCUGGAUAACGUCUGGUCCUCCUACUGGACACACAUCGAAGGGUCUGCUGCAGCAUCAUUUCAACGUAUAAAGGAAAUGUAACAUCCAAAGGACGGGCUGUGCUGACGUGCAAGAGGAAACCUUGUGUAGCACUCUCGGCAACAGAAGAAUUGAAAAAAAGAGGGAGGAAGCUGCCCGUGUCGUCUACGUUCCAGGAUGUCGCGGCACAGCAGGUUCGAGAGGGAUUUCUGCGGAGGAUGGGAGAGAUGGGAAUGGAGCCCAAGUAGCAAUCAUAUGAACACGGGUAACGCCAACAGUAUAGUGAAUGGCAAUGGUAACAACAGGCCUGGACUGCUGCCUCUACCUAUCGUGCCAUCCCGUCUUCCCACACCAACAUCUACCACUUCGACAACGGUUGGCAGUGAUGCUGUGACAAGCAACGCAAGCAACCCUUCUGCAGCUUUUGCGUCCAAAACGCCUGUGCUGUCCAAGGCCGAGAAACAGUCACAAGGGCAAUUGCUUGCAACCAGCGUGAGGUGGGGUCAGACUCCUAUCAACCAGUCCACUCCAUGGGAUACUGAGGAGCCUCCAUCUAAGCAGCUGAGAAAAGGGGAAAACCCAGCUACCCCACCUUGGGCAAAGACCGUCACUGCGGGGACCCAGGCAUCUCUUAUAGCUCACACUUAUGGAAUGACCCAGCCUCCUAUAUAUAGCCAAGCCGCCAACGUCCAAGCUCCCAUCAUAGGUGUCACCCCCACCAUCCCUCCUCACGUCGCCCCACAGUUACCUCUAAUGACUGCUCAUUACCAGCUCCAGCAGCACCAGCAGCCUGCGCAACCUCUGAGCAACAUGAUGGUGAACCUACAGAGCCAAACCAUGUACAGACGCAGUCAGCCAAUAGCUAUGUCCUCCUUGACCGGUGUGGGUCAGGUGCCUCAUCCUGGCCAUACGGCUAUAGGCAACGGUCACAUGACUUGUCCCAUCCUUCCUCCGCCACCACCUGCCCUACCCUCUGCAGCGCUUCCUAACAGUGUGCCAGCUACAAACGGCCAGACCCCUCCGCAGAUGCCUCCCAGCCAACCUUUGACCGCCGAAAACCCAAAUGGUGUUCAGAUGCUACGAACAAUUGGAUCGGGAAAGUAUGAAUUCACCGAUCCUUGGUAUCCUAAAGAAAUGUUGAAGGAACUGAACCAGCAGCGCAGAUCGAAAGAGUUUACAGACCUGAAAAUUAUUGUUGAAGGAAAAGAGUUUGAAGUCCAUCAAAAUAUUCUAGCUUCCUGCAGCUUGUAUUUCAAGGACCUGAUUAAAAGGUCGUCGAAGGAACAAGCUAAAAACGGGGAGAAACUGGAGCUGGCUAUGUCCAAUAUCAAUGCGGAAGUCUUAGAACUGUUACUGGAAUUUGUCUAUACAGGUUCCCUGAUCAUAGAUUCAGCCAAUGCAAAAAUUCUCCUGGAAGCCGCGAACAAGUUCCAGUUCCACACGUUCUGUAAAGUCUGCGUGUCGUUCUUAGAAAAACAGCUGACUGCCAACAACUGCCUGGGCAUCCUGGCCAUGGCAGAAGCCAUGCAAUGCGUGGAGCUGUAUAAUAUGGCCAAGGCAUAUGCCCUGCAGAACUUCUCAGAGGUGGCCAAUCAAGAGGAGAUCCUGAAUAUUUCCAGAGAAGAUUUUGUCUCAUACAUUUCAAAUGACAGUCUGAACACUAAAGCCGAAGAGCUGGUAUAUGAGACCAUGAUCAAGUGGAUCAAAAAGGACCCAGCCAACCGAGCACAGCAUUCUGCUGAAUUGUUGGCCGUCGUCCGCCUUCCCUUCAUCCAUCCAAGCUAUCUGCUCAAUGUUGUCGACAAUGAGGAGCUGAUAAAGUCAUCAGAGGCUUGCCGGGAUUUAGUCAAUGAGGCAAAGAGAUAUCACAUGCUUCCUCACGCCCGGCAAGAGAUGCAAACUCCGCGCACGAGGCCAAGACUAUCAGCAGGUGUGGCUGAAGUGAUUGUUUUAGUUGGGGGUCGGCAAAUGAUAGGAAUGAAUCAGAGGACACUGACAGCUGUCACUUGUUUAAAUCCGCAAAUCAAUAAAUGGUACCCACUGGCAAGCCUACCCUUCUAUGACCGGGAAUUUUUCAGUGUUGUGAGCGCAGGGGACAAUAUCUAUUUGUCAGGGGGCAUGGAAUCCGGGGUCACCCUUGCAGACGUCUGGUGCUAUAUGUCUUUACUCGAUAACUGGAAUUUGGUCUCCAGGAUGAUCGUCCCAAGGUGUCGGCACAACAGCCUAGUAUACGAUGGCAAAAUCUAUACAAUUGGUGGCCUUGGUGUAACUGGCAAUGUUGACCAUGUUGAAAGGUACGAUACGAUUGUCAACCAGUGGGAGACGGUCGCUGCUCUUCCCAAACCGGUCCACUCUGCAGCAGCCACCGUGUGCGGGGGAAAGAUCUACGUGUUUGGCGGAGUGAAUGAAGCGGGCAGGGCGGCCGGCGUGUUGCAGUCCUAUGUGCCUCAGACCAACACAUGGAGCUUUAUAGAAUCCCCCAUGAUCGAUAACAAGUACGCCCCGGCGGUCACUCUGAACGGCUUCAUCUUCAUUCUGGGAGGAGCUUACGCUAGAGCAACUACGAUCUACGACCCCGAGAAGGGAAACAUCAAGGCCGGACCCAACAUGAACCACUCAAGGCAGUUCUGCAGCGCCGUGGUCCUGGACGGGAAGAUAUAUGCAACAGGCGGCAUCGUCAGCAGUGAAGGACCAGCUCUUGGGAACAUGGAAUAUUACGACCCCAAAUCGAACACAUGGACAUUAUUACCCAACAUGCCUUGCCCACUCUUCCGCCAUGGAUGUGUAGCGAUAAAGAAAUACAUUCAAAGUGGUUGACAGGCGGGAGAUCGAUGAACUGAGGUGACGGGUGGACAUGUUUGAACUUCUUAUUUUUAUUUUUUUCUCUUAUUGGUUUGGUUUUAACCCUUCCCAUGCCAGAGAUAAAGCGGUUAGUCCUCUUCUUCACUUCAGCGGCUUUAACCCUUUGAUUUCAUAAGAAGGAGUGAAAAAAAGGAUAAAAAGAAGAUUUUUGUUUUUAUGUUUUUUUCAUUUUUGUCUACGGAUUUUCAAUAAAGUCUACAUUGAAUGUAGAAGAUCAUCCUCACCUUUGGAUGAUGCCGGAGCGCUUGAUCUCCAAACUAUGUAUAAUAUGUAUGUGAACUUGGCAAAUGUGUCACUAGGUGGCGUAGUGACGCUUGUUGUCACCCUAGGUGCAAUAGAGUCCCAUAUUUUUUACAUGGGUUCAGUUGAGAUAGGAAUCGGGGGAGGUGCUGGGCAGCGGAUGAGGAUCUGUAUUUUACUUUUAGGUGUAAGGCUGGGAUUUUUUAGAUGACUGUUCGGUACAGCUAAGCAUCUCAUCACGGAGAAUUUUGAAAGAAGCCGUAUUAUUUUUUAGGUUAUUCUUACAUGGAACGUUAGCCACACAGGAGGAAGAAAAAAAACAGUUUGUCAAAAUUCUGAAAUUAUGUGGAACUACAACUCUCAGCAUCCAUGAGUAGAAAGUUGUUUCUGGAAAAGGUAGAUCUACGAUACCUGAAGACGGUUUCACUUUGACCUUAUCGGAAAGGUUUGGUUUUCACCAGUGGCGUAACUAGAAGUGAUUGGUCCCCACAGCAAAUUUUGUAACAGACCCCCCAGCAACUUCUUCUCAACCCCCUCUUCUCGUGCAACCUCCACUCCUGUGGCUAGUCAAGAUCGCCCUCUCAGACUAGGUCCUAAUGAGGGGGGCCCUGACAAAAAAAUCUAUUAGUCAUCCACCUGGGUGGACCCCUUCUGAGUUAUGGCCCCAAAGCAGCCACUUCUCUUAUAGCUACGCCCCUGUUUUUCACCUGUCCAAUACUAAUGUUCCUGCAUCUGAUAAGCGGUCGGGCAUGUAUUGUGGCCCUUUGUUAAAAUACCAUGUGUUCAUCCAGCCGCCUGACAAGGGCACACCCUCUUUUGGAAACCACACCCCUUUGCUGCAUUGCCACACCCAUUCCCGUGAUGCAUCGUGGCCCCCUCAGAGCACGUAUUGGUGCCAGGGCUGCAGCAUUCCAGUUAGCGCUCAUUGAGGUCUGCUUUCUGGGAGGUUCCUGGGGGUCCCUCUUGUUUUUAGGAGGCUUCAGACUAUGACUAGUAGGGGGCCUCAAGGCUGAAGCCAAACAAUUGCUUAGCUAGCGGUGGCCUGUUUGCUGGCCCAAUAACAUGGUCAUUUCAUGAAGUCAAGAGCAAAUGAUGACGGGAAAUCUUUCAGACACUGUGGAGUAUUAAAUGAGUUAUCCAUUUUUUUUAUUUCAUGCCCCUCCCCCCUUCCCUUCAUUAGAGUAACACUUUUUAUAUUGGUACCUAUUAAGAGUUGCUUGCCAGGCCAGCGUUGCACUCCCGUUUCAACUAUAUGCUCCCCGCAUUUCCGGGAAUCACGUGUCGUACAUGAUCCUAUCAUGGUUACAACCCACAGAAGGAAUCUCUUGCCGCAGUGCUAGCUGUGCACAGUGUGCGCCAUGUGGUCCCGGAAGUGCCAGAACCAUAACAUUGGCCGGGAGCAAUGAAAAGGUUGUUACUCUAAUCAAGGGUGGGGUGACAUGAAAUUAAAAUUAAAAAAUCCAAUAACCCCCUUUAAGGAUUUGUCCCACUUAGGGCCUAUUUUAUGGAUGCCAUGGAGGGUGAUCUAUCAGUGGAGGACUCACUGUGGCCCUCUAUUACAUGACUGAUCAUUAAUUUGAAUAGAUGUCCUGUAAUACUACAUUCCUCCUGCAGUGGCCGCUGUAGGGAAAUCGUGUGGCUGCUCACUGCUGUAUAGUUGGGAUGGCUCCUUUAAGAUCCGCGCUGUACUUCAAGGGUACUCACCUAAUGUGAAGUAGAUCAUGUUUUAUCAAUCUGUCGACAGGUGGGAAUCUAUACAUUCAGCUGUAAUAGCCCACAGCAGCAGAGAAACCAUCAUCUAAAAACAUAGCUGCCAAUUGCCCCUGAUUUUCAGAGACAGUCCCGGCAAAUUCAGGCUGUCCUGGGCCAAAAGUGGGUGGGCUAAUGUAAACCACGCCCAUGUGUCACGCCCGUGUGUGGGAGGGAGACAUCACAUCAGACGAAGAAGGAGAGGGAACAAGGAAUAAGACCUGAAAGCUAGGGAAGAAAUGAGGACACCUCCUAGUCAAAUCCCUAGUCACAGUCCUGACUGGCUAUCAGUAUGAACAGACCCCAAAGGUAGGUGAAUUCAUACGCAGGAGUACCUAGAGUCCUAACUCACCCUAUAAGACCCUGGCGAUAGUAACAGGACAGAGACUACCUGUUCCUCCAGAAAAGAAGGACAACCAGGAGUCUCCCGCAGGCCUACAACAAAGGGCAGGGGAAAAACAACACACAGAUAAACCAAAACAAAAUGCAAAAGGGA